AUGACAACCGGUUACGGUGACUAUGAUAUUGUUUUGUUUGUCCAGCUACGGGAGACUAUUGCUGUUCCUGCUGUUGAUGAUGAUGAUGAUGAAGAUGAUGUUGCUGCAAAUGCUGCCGACUUUGAAUUUGGUAUGGAUAGAUGGAUGGGUAGCUGGAUAAAUAGUGAGGUGGAUGGAUGGAUAGGGUUAUGGAAAUAUGUGGGGAUGAUUGUAGAUAUCAGUGUAUUCUAUGUUUAUGGUGGAGAAGGCAAAGAAAGGGUGAAAGAAUUAGUAAGAAUAUUUCGGCAUAAAUUUUUGGUUGGUUUUGAUAGGAUGGGGUUGAAAAACGGUUCUUCACUAAAGGUAAAGGAGUAG